CUUCUUCUUCCAAACGAUGCAAUCAAUUCAACUGUUUGUCAACAAAAAUGGCGACUUUGAAGCCACCGGAAUCUCAAUUACUAAAAACCCUAACAUCAAUCCUCACUUCAGAGAAGACCCAUUUGCUCGAAACCCUAAAUCCCUACAUCCCUCAAAUCACACAGCCUCUCCUUACCUCUCUCCUCUCUUCUCCUUCACUCGCUAAGAAACCCGAAACCCUAGUCUCCUUCUACCAAUGGGCACAGACUUCAAUCCCAGAAGCAUUCCCAUCGAAUUCCCCUCUUCCCCUUCUCACCGUAGUCCGUUCUCUUCUCUCCCACCACAAAUUCGCUGACGCCAAGUCUCUUCUCGUCUCCUACAUCCGCACCUCUGAUGCAUCUCUCUCUCUUUGCAACUCUCUCCUCCACCCGAAUCUUCAUCUCUCGCCUCAUCCCUCUAAGGCUCUGUUCGACAUUGCUCUCAGUUCGUAUCUUCAUGCCGGAAAGCCUCACGUUGCGUUACAGAUCUUUCAGAAGAUGAUUCGAUUAAAGCUCAAACCAAAUCUGCUCACUUGCAACACUCUUCUCCUUGGUUUAGUUAGGUACCCUUCUACUUUCUCUCUCUCGAGUGCUAGAGAAGUGUUUGAUGAUAUGGUUAAGCUUGGUGUCUCGCUAAAUGUGCAAACUUUCAAUGUUUUGGUUAAUGGGUAUUGUUUAGAAGGAAAGCUUGAUGAUGCUGUAGGAAUGUUAGAGAGGAUGGUUAGUGAGUUCAGUGUGAAUCCUGAUAAUGUUACUUACAAUACGAUUCUGAAAGCAAUGUCUACGAAAGGGCGUUUGAAUGAUGUUAAGACAUUGUUGUUGGAUAUGAAGAAGUUUGGGUUGGUGCCAAAUAGGGUUACUUACAAUAAUUUAGUGUAUGGUUACUGUAAGCUGGGUUCGUUGAAAGAAGCAUUUCAGAUUGUGGAGCUGAUGAAGCAAACAAACAUAUUACCGGAUCUUUGGACCUAUAACAUGUUGAUCAAUGGGCUGUGCAAUGCGGGAAGUGUCAGGGAAGCUCUUGAAUUAAUGGAUGAGAUGAAGCAUUUGAAGUUACAGCCAGAUGUGGUUACUUACAAUACAUUGAUUGAUGGGUGUUUCGAAUUUGGGAUUAGUUUGGAGGCUAGGAAGUUAAUGGAGCAAAUGGAAAAUGAUGGAGUUAAACCUAACCAAGUGACUCAUAAUAUCUCUGUUAAGUGGCUUUGUAAGGAAGAGAAUAGGGAAGAGGUUACUAGAAAGGUUAAGGAAUUGGUGGAAGUGCACGGGUUUUCUCCUGACAGAGUAACUUAUCAUACCCUAAUUAAAGCAUAUUUGAAAGUAGGAGAUUUGAGUGGUGCCCUUGAAAUGAUGCGUGAGAUGGGGCAAAAAGGCAUUAAGAUGAAUACUAUUACCCUUAAUACCAUUCUUGAUGCUCUAUGUAAAGAGAGGAAACCUGAUGAAGCAUACAAUUUGCUGAAUAAUGCACACAAACGAGGAUAUAUUAUUGACGAGGUUAGUUAUGGCACAUUAAUCACAGGAUACUUCAGGGAAGAAAAAGUGGAGAAAGCUUUGGAGAUGUGGGACGAGAUGAAGAAGAUAAAGAUUACUCCUACCGUGAGCACCUUUAACUCUUUAAUUGGAGGUCUCUGUCACCAUGGAAAAACUGAGCUAGCAAUGGAGAAAUUCGAUGAGCUUGCCGGGAAUGGUUUGCUUCCAGAUGAUAGUACUUUCAAUUCAAUCAUCCUAGGAUACUGCAAAGAAGGACGAGUUGAGAAAGCAUUCGAGUUUUACAACGAAUCGAUCAAACACUCUUUCAAGCCUGAUAACUAUACAUGCAACAUUCUUCUCAAUGGUCUUUGUAAGGAAGGUAUGACAGAAAAGGCUCUCAAUUUCUUCAAUACACUUAUCAAGGAGAGAGAGGUUGAUACAGUUACAUACAACACGAUGAUCUCGGCUUUCUGCAAAGACAAGAAGUUAAAAGAAGCAUAUGAUCUUCUAUCAGAAAUGGAGGAGAAAGGACUAGAGCCUGAUCGGUUCACGUACAACAGUAUCAUCACUUCACUUAUGAAAGAUGGUAAGCUGAGUGAAGCAGAUGAACUGUUGGAGAAAAUUUCUGUAAAGUUCGGCUCGAUGAAACAGAAUUUGCAGGCAGAAACAGAGAACAAGCCAGCCACAAGUGAAUCAAAGGAGGAACAUAACACUGAACCUAUUAUUGCUUACUCAGAUGUAAUAAACGAACUAUGUAAUAGAGGAAGAUUAAAGGGGCAUUCUAAAUCUUACACUGGUUGAAGGAGAACUUUUUUGUUUUCCUUUUGUAUUUCGAUUUUGUUAAAUUAUACUUUCAAAUAUUUGCAAAAAGACCUAUAUAGUUUUCGUA